GUUUACUAGAUAUAACAUCUAAUCUGCAAACAUAUAGAUUCAUUUUAGUGAAAAUUGGUUUUAACAUGGAAUUAUUAAUAUAUGCUUGGAGCGUAUUUUACUGCAUAAACGCAGUUAUCUCAUCAGGUAUUGUAUCAUUUGAAGCCAACACAACACUUGUAGAAGGCGGCAGCGCAGUCCUUCUUAAGUGUUUAUCUCAUAAACACGCAUUUGGUGUAAAUUUCCUCAAGGACAAUAUCCAAAUUGGAUCAUGUGAUAUUUUUGAUUGCCAAGUUAUAAGUACUACAAAAUAUAUAACAUCACAGAACACUUCUAACGAUGAUUUCAACGAAUACUAUCUGACAAUAAAAAACUUCUCAAAAACAUUGGCUGGAACCUACAACUGUAGAUCGUACGAAACUAGAGAUUCUAAAAUGGUUAAUCUUACGUUUGCAGCUUUUAUAACGUAUGUGAAUCUUAACCCGAAGAACGAUCCAAUGUCGGUCAUUGAUAACACCAUUUAUCAGUUUGAAUGCGAGACAUCCAUUGGUAGCCCAUACGCUACAGUGAGAUGGUUCAAAGACAACAAAACUAUCGAUGACAUUGCUGACGACAUUGAACUUACACAGCUAUCAACAUCAAGUCAACUAAACGAAGUUACAAGAAGCGUUCUUCAACUUCAACCAACAAAAGAUGACCACGGAAUGAGAUUAUUUUGUCUUGCUAACAACGGAGGUUCUGACAUAUAUUCUUCAAAGCCAAUUUUGGAUGUUUUGUAUGGACCAAGUAUUCCCAAAUGUCAAUUCAACAGUUCAGUGGUUAACGAAAAUAUCUCUAUACGGAAUGGUCAGGAUCUAACCAUUUCAUGUUCAGCGCAUGGUAAUCCACCACCAUUCCUCAUGUGGACAUACCCUGGAGGAACUUACUCCGGUCCUACCCUUAGUUUUAGAAAGAUUGCAAUCGAUGCCACUGGGAACUUUACAUGCUCUGCCCGAAAUACUUUGAAACCAACCGAUGGACAAGAAGUUACUGGCUCUACAAGCUUUACCUUUGCUGUUAAUGUUUACGCUCCGAUCGAUGACGUAUUUAUUUCUUCACCAACAAAAGACGUUGUUUUCUUACAAGACAAUGAAGAACUUAUUUUCAAGUGCGAAUGUUUAGAUGGUAUUCCAAAAGCAACGUUUGAAUGGUUUUUAGACAAUGCAACCAAUGAUAACAAGACCGAUGACAAACUUAUCACAAAUGAUAUUGAUGUGAGCGUCGAACAUCAGUUUCUAAAUGGUACAACAGUCAGUUAUUUUCCAUACACAGCCAAGUCUUCUGAAAGUGGAAUGAGAAUAUAUUGCGUGGCACAAAAUGUGAUUAAUGAAAUAACAUCAACCAAUUCUUUGCUACUGGCUAUAAUCGGCAUUCCAGACACACCUUACAGCGCCCAGAUAAAAGACGUUAAAACUGAUGCAGCUACCUUGAAAUGGAAUCAGCUUUACACAGGAGGUUUAGAGUUUUCUGUUGCCAUAGAACUUCGAGAAAAUACCAACGAAUGGAAGACACAUGAAGUCUCAGAGUUUAUCAUAAAUGACACUGAUAUGAGAGCUGCUUUGAACAAUCUAAAUGCAUCCACAUUGUAUGUGCUGCGCUUCAUGGUGUACAAUGUGUUAGGACGUAGCAUGAUUUCUGAUGAGAUGAAGUUUCAAACACUUAAACAGAAUGAGAAAGGCACAGUUUCGUCAUCUGUAUCUGUUGCACUGUUUGGUGGAAUGUUUGGAGCGUUGCUGCUUGGCGUGGCUCUCGGAUGUGUUGCGUCGUGCCUUGUGGUAAAAUGUCGGCGUGGUAGAGCACCGAAACAAGUUCUGAAAAUGCCAACAGCUCAAGUUAAAAGAGAUCAAGAGAGUAAUGUUGGCGACCCUACAAUGUAUGAAAAUUCAGCGACGACAAGAGCAGAGAACUUUUCUCCAUAUGCUGAGCUCGACGUACACACCAUCGCAACGUCAACAUCCUACGAGAUGAUAAAGCAUACUAUGUGACAUAAUAAACUAAAUAAGAAGUACUAUUUGACAAGAUGUUAAUUUAUCCUAGAAAUUUUAUCAUAAAGCAUUUUAGUCUAGCCUUUCAUAAUAGCUCUAGAUUAUUUUCUGCCUGGUAGGUAUGCUUGAAGUAAGCACCAAUGCACCAAUGUUUGAAAAUAUAAGUUCAAGUUACCUCACUAUGAAAAAGAGUGGGUAAAGAACAAAGGGUAACGUCAAUGAAUUUGAAAAAGGAAUUGAUGAAAUUCAAUCUGAAGAUUAUGAUAUCCUUCAAUUUCCCUGAAUAAAUGCCUUUAAGAAAGCAAACGAUGAUUUCAUGUAAUUUAUACGAUGUUAGCGAGUUUUUUCUUUGUUUAUAUAUACAAAUUAACGGUAGCAGGAAGGUGGAGCUAGCGUUCGGAUAAAUAACAACGACCUUCACUUAUACCGUAAGCAAGUUUUGUCAACAUGGUUCAACACAUUUACUUCAUGAACUAACCUAUUAUAUUAUAAUUUACUAUUUAAAUUAUAUACUCGUGUUAAAAUCAAUAACACAGGUUCUGUGUUUUAUAACCAUUACAUAGACAAUUGUGUAAAUAUAUACUGAAUUGAAUUUAAACAUGUUUAAAAAUGAGAUCGUGUUGUGAACUGAAUCUUUAGUAGUCAUAUGUUGCACUCAAUUUUAACAUUGUUGUUUAAUAUACAUAUAUUUAAAAUGAAUGCCAAUGAAAUACAUUUUUAUACAGGUAACAUAAAAAAUAUAAGAAAUUAUAAUGCUUUUUAAAUAUGGAUUCCGACCGGCCAUCUUUGGCAACAAUAAGUGUCUGUCAUUAGUUCAAUCAGUAUUUAAAAGACCAAUGUUACUACACAGAACAUGUAUACAUGCAAGUGUAUAAAAACAUGCAGUACACAUUCCAAAAUACUUACACAUACACCUGCAAUUUAUAAUCAUAGAUUUACAGAAUUUAGAAGUAAGCAAAAAAGUUGUUGUCUUAUUAUAUGCUUACAGGUGGGUUAUAGAGAUUUAUCAGUGAGAUAAAAAUGAUAUCAAACAGUGAAAUAAUAUUUUAAUAUGUGUUAUAUAUAUAUGAACAUGGUGAAAGAUAUGCUUGUUGACACGGAGACAACAUUUGUUCUCUGAAUACGGAUGUUUUCGUUUGUUAGAGAGCGGUAUUCAUUGUUUUAAAUCCAUGUGUGCUUGCUUUUGUCUGUAAGAUAAUUGCUUUAUUUUUUCAGGCAGUUAUUAAUUAUGAUGAGCUUGGAACUUGAUUGUAUAUGUAUCAUUUUAGGCUUGUGUAGAGAUUUAUUUAUUUUUUACAUUUUAGGCAAAUCGCGGCAUUAGAUGUUCAACUGUACAACAUGUUUAAAUAUUAUGUUUUAUGUGUGAGGUAAUGUAUCUAAAGAUUUUUUUUCGCAAUUGUUCCAACUUUCUACUUUCUCUUCUGAAGUUUGAAAUUCAAAAAUAAAAUACCGAAUCUGCACACCUUUUUUGAAAGAAAACAUAGCUUUAUUUUCGUUCAAAAUAAUCGUUCAAUUUGUGGCAAACAAAUGGAUUAACAUAAUGACAAAUGGUUGUUUGACACUCGCAGCGUUACUUACUGCAUGAACGGCGUACUAUGAGCAGGUAGCACUUAUUGUUUAAAAUUUCCAUUACAAAGAUUCGAAUUUUGAUGCAAACAAUUAACCAAACG